GGGCUGAAAAAAGAGGCGGCACUGUGCUUGCAAGCCUUGGACGAGCCCCCUUUUACCGCCCUGUCAGUGUCGAGGAGAAGGGAAGAAAGAGAGAGAGAGAGAGAGAGAGAGAGAGAGAGAGAGAGGGGUGCCUGAUCGAGAGAAUGAGAGAGCAACUGUGUGACAGAGGCAAAGAGAACCAAGCAGGCUGCUUAGAAAAGUGAGAGAGCAGAAAGCAGGAAAUAAGGAACCAGAGCAGGAAGAGGGAGGAACGCAAAACGGACUCUUUCUCUUCUAGCCACAAGGGGCACAGUCACUUUUAUCCACUUGACUUCUAGUGGACUGGAUGGACUAACCAAUUGAUGGAUUCGGACUAGUCGUUUGCGCUGCAUCCUUAGGAAACUGGAGCCAUUCCUUUGUGCAAAGUGAGAGGACUGUCUGCGUCUGCGCUCGCAUCUCGGUGUGGUCUGCCGUGGGCGCAAAGUGCAUCUGUCGGCAAUCGGUGCUGAGGAUAUCUCCCGACGCCGUCGGAUCCGACUACAGAGAGGAGAGGGAGCCUGUGUGUACGGCACAGUGAGAGAGCAGAGCAGAGCAGAGCAGAGCAGAGCAGAGCAGAGCGUUCGGAUCGGAUGAGAGGGAGCAAGCCGAGGCAAAAGUAAUCCAGCUCCAAUAGAGACGGGAACCCGUAUCUCCUCUCCCUGUGUUCCUCUGCCAUUCCUCUCCUCCUCCUCCUCCUCCUGUUGUUCCUCUCCCGUUCUCCAAACAUUCACAGGACCGCUUGCUUCUCUUUGGCAACUUCUCUUCCCUCUCCAUCCCCAUCCGAAACCCACGGCGGACGCUACUCUCGGAUCUGAACUUGAGGGAAUAUCUCCUUUCGACAGAAGGUCCGGACCGCAUUUGCCAUCAGAGGCAUCUCACACAUACACGGCUUUGGAUCCAGAAGUGUGGCCAAGGAAGAAAGAAAGAAAGGAUUCCUACAAGCUAUCAGUGUUUGCUACUGAGCGGCUCCCUCCCUCGCCCCUUUCCCUGUGUCACCAUUCCCUGCCUCAGUGCUAAGGAUUCCAGCUACAUGGGCAAGCGAUUGGAGCAGCAGCCAAUGUACCCUCAGUACACCUACUACUACCCCAAUUAUCUCCAGACUAAGCCCUAUGCUCCACCCCCUCAUCCCAUGGCUCCUCCCAGCCCCAGCACCAACAGCUGCAGCCAGGGAGCGACAGAGCAGCUGAGCAAGACCAACCUGUACAUCCGAGGCCUGCCACCUGGGACCACCGACCAGGACCUCAUCAAGCUCUGUCAACCGUAUGGAAAGAUAGUGUCAACAAAGGCCAUUCUGGAUAAGAACACCAACCAGUGCAAAGGCUAUGGCUUUGUUGAUUUUGACAGCCCAGCUGCAGCACAGAAAGCCGUGUCGUCUCUCAAAGCCACCGGAGUGCAGGCGCAAAUGGCCAAGCAACAAGAGCAGGACCCCACCAACCUGUACAUCUCCAAUCUGCCCAUCUCCAUGGACGAGCAGGAGCUGGAGAACAUGUUGAAACCUCUGGGUCACGUCAUCUCCACCAGGAUAUUGAGGGAUGCCAACGGAGUCAGCAGGGGAGUCGGCUUUGCCAGGAUGGAGUCCACAGAGAAAUGUGAAGUAGUGAUCCAGCACUUCAAUGGGAAAUACCUGAAGACCCCACCAGGAAUUCCAACUCCCAGCGAGCCGUUGCUGUGUAAAUUUGCCGACGGAGGCCAAAAGAAGCGGCAGAGUCAGAGCAAGUACCCUCAGAAUGGGAGGCCAUGGCACAGAGAAGGCGAGACUGGCAUGGCGUUAACAUAUGAUCCUGCUGCAAUGCAGAAUGGGUUCUACUCCUCGCCUUACAGCAUCGCCACCAACCGCAUGAUCGCACAGACCUCCAUCACGCCCUUCAUCGCUGCUUCGCCCGUUUCCACAUAUCAGGUCCAGAGUACAUCAUGGAUGCCUCAUCACCAAUAUGUUAUGCAACCUACAGGUGCAGUGAUCACGCCAGCCAUGGACCACACUAUGUCCAUGCAGCCUGCCAGCAUGAUGGGUCCCCUCACCCAACAGAUGAACCAUCUGUCCCUGGGCACUACAGGAAGUUAUAUGACUGCCGCCGCCGCCGCCGCCGCAGCAGCGCCUAUGCAAGGGACCUACAUUCCCCAGUACACUCCUGUGCCUCCAACAGCCGUCCCUGUCGAAGGAGUGGUGACGGAUGGCUCCCCUCAGACUCCCUCAUCACAGGAGGUGAGCGGCCAGCAGCAACAGAUUCAAGUGGACGGCGGCGCCGACCACAUUUCUGCUUACUCGUACCAGUCCAAAUAGCAACGGCCUGAGAGAAUGUUCCUGUGACAGCGUUGCCUUGAGACAUAAGGUGGCUGCACUGUGAAUGUGAGGGGCGAAUGUAGGGGAAGGAAAGAGAAGAAAAAAAGAAAAAAAAGAAAAGAGGAGAUUGCUUCCAGAUUGCCCAGGCACCAAAAAGAGACACUUUUUUCAUUUUCUACCUGGUCAACUAGGAGAAAAAACAAAAAAAAACAAGGAAGCAUUGGAUGCUGAGAAAAAGGCUUUGGGAUAUUGUGGGGGCACAGUGCAAAGAAAUGGAAUUUUACCUGCCCAAAGGGCCGGAAGGAAGGAAGGAAGGAAGGAAGGAAGGAAGGAAGGAAGGAAGGAAGGAAGGAAGGAAGGAAGGAAGGAAGGAAGGAAGGAAGGAAGGAAGGAAGGAAGGAAGGAAGGAAGGAAGGGAAUUUUCUCAAAGAAAAUUCUCAUCCAAUUUAACAACAACAAAAAAAGCAAAAACAACAAAAAAAGACAGAUAAAGACAAAAAAAAGGUUGAAUGUGAAGUUUAUUUUGUAAUUAGAAAGAGGGAGUCGUGUUUGAGAUACACACAGAGAUUGUCUUCCUCAGAUACUAAGCUAAACGUUGUUUUCAAUAUUUUUUAUGUUCUAGUGUUAAAUUUUACUUUUCUAGAUAUAUAUGAGAAAAAAAGUGUUUGUUUGUUUUUUGUUGUUUCUUUCUUGAAUCUUCAUGGCCUUAAUUUGAAGGGCGCCAGUGACUUUUUUCCAAGUUCAAGUCUGACGUCUGGUCGGGGGGGGGGGCAACACACAACAGAAACAGAAACCAAUCAGUAUUUUGGACCACUUGGAAGGUUGGAGAAACUGGAUGUGUCAUUUAAAGAGGAAACAGAAUCUAUCACAUAAGCUGUACAGAUUUAAUAGAGAAGAGCUUUUUUUUUCUUUUCUUUUCUUUUCUUCACAAGAAGAAUGCUUUGAUAAUGAUUAUGUCAGAUGUAACAAUGUGUUAAAAGAACUAAAUGCCUGUUGCGGAAAGACUUGAGCUCUGAAGAGAUUUUUUCACCAUGAGGAGGAAGAAGAAGAAGAAGAAAAAAAAAAGAAAACUAUAAGGAAACGUCCUGCGUCUCGGAUGCAGUCUGUCAGCAAAACGCUGAACUCGCUUUUUUUUAUGGUCAUCAAUAUUAUUUACCAAGCAAUGUUGCUGUCAAUGACAUUACAGCUUUUUAUCUGCCACAUUUUACAUUUUUUUAUGAGCUUUAAGAUGUUUUUAGCCCGCUUUGCUUGUCACACUGCAAAUCUUAAAAAGAAAAAACCACGAGAAAAAAAAAAAAAAAAAAAGUAUAAAA